CGCUACCAAAAAGCAACGCGCACCUCAGUCACACACCUCCUCUCCCCACUCGGACCCCCACCCCCCUCCCUCGACAUGGAUGUCCCGUCGUUCCUCGACCCGAAGGAUUGUUGCGCGUUGGUGCAGUGAGCAAGACGGAGGACCAUGCCGGGACUGCUAAUGGAUUUGGGGAGAGCGCGAGUGACCAUGCCGUGAUCUUCACGCGGCCAUCUCCAAAAUAAGAAAGCAACAGCGACCGUGACUCGGAAGGGAAAUCGGGGGCUCGAACCCACGCGCCGGCGGGAUUAAAAAACCACGGUGCAUUUGUUUUAUUACCCCCCGCAAACAACAUGAAGAUUACCUCCCGUCCGCUGAUGAUAAGCAGUGUCGUUUUCAGGUCCAAGCUCAGCGUCAUUCUUCUUCUGCUGCUCUUUCUCGGUCACUCUCGCGGGAUGCCGCACGUCCUAAGAUUCGGGGGAAUAUUCGAAUCCAUCGAGAGCGGCCCCUCGGGAGCCGAGGAACUCGCCUUCAAAUUUGCCUUGAACACAAUCAACAGGAACCGCACGUUGCUCCCCAACACCACGCUGACCUACGACAUCCAGAGAAUAAACAUCUUUGACAGCUUCGAGGCCUCCCGUAAAGCAUGUGACCAGCUGUCCCUCGGGGUGGCGGCCAUAUUCGGGCCAUCGCACAGCUCGUCGGCCAACGCGGUCCAGUCCAUCUGCAAUGCUCUGGGAGUCCCCCACGUCCAGACCAAAUGGAAACACCAGGUGUCGGACAACAGGGAUUCCUACUAUGUCAGCCUCUACCCGGACUUCUCGUCCCUCAGCCGAGCCAUUCUGGACCUGGUUCACUUCUUCAAAUGGAGAACCGUCACCGUGGUCUACGACGACAGCACAGGUACAGGACUCAUUCGACUGCAGGAGCUGAUCAAGGCGCCGUCACGAUACAACAUACGUUUGAAGAUCCGACAGCUGCCCACGGAGACCAAGGACGCCAAGCCUCUUCUCAAAGAGAUGAAGAAAGCAAAAGAAUUCCACGUCAUCUUCGAUUGCGGCCACGAGAUGGCUGCCUGGAUAUUAAAACAGGCUCUGGCCAUGGGGAUGAUGACGGAGUACUAUCAUUAUAUUUUUACCACCUUGGACCUUUUUGCCCUGGAUAUGGAGCCGUACCGUUUCAGCGGCGUGAACAUGACCGGCUUUCGCAUCCUCAACACUGAAAACUCUCAGGUGUCAUCCAUUAUCGAAAAGUGGUCCAUGGAGCGGCUACAAGCUCCGCCCAAACCGGACUCGGGCCUACUGGAUGGAUUCAUGACGACGGACGCGGCCCUGAUGUACGACGCCGUGCACGUGGUGGCGGUGGCGGUCCAGCAGUCGCCGCAGAUCACCGUCAGCUCCCUGCAGUGCAAUCGCCACAAGCCGUGGCGCUUCGGAGGGCGCUUCAUCGGCCUCAUCAAAGAGGCUCACUGGGAUGGCCUGACCGGCCGCGUUCUCUUCAACAAGACCAACGGACUGAGGACGGAUUUCGACCUGGACGUUAUCAGCCUGAAGGAGGAAGGCCUGGAAAAGAUCGGCACGUGGGAUCCUCCGAGCGGUUUGAAUAUGUCCGAGACUCACAAAAGCAAGACGUCCAACAUCACCGACUCGCUGGCUAACAAAUCUCUGCGCGUAUCCACCAUACUGGAAGAGCCAUACGUCAUGUUUAAGAAGUCGGACAAACCUCUGUACGGGAACGACCGCUUUGAAGGGUAUUGCAUCGACCUGCUAAGGGAGCUGUCGGGAAUCUUGGGCUUCCAAUACGAAGUCCGGCUGGUCGAAGACGGCAAGUACGGCGCCCUGGAUGAGAGCACGGGCCAGUGGAACGGCAUGGUGCGCGAGCUCAUGGACCACAAGGUGGACUUGGCGGUCGCUCCCCUGGCCAUCACCUACGUGCGGGAGAAGGUCAUCGACUUCUCUAAGCCCUUCAUGACGCUGGGGAUAAGUAUCCUGUACCGCAAGCCCAACGGCACCAACCCGGGGGUCUUCUCCUUCCUAAACCCGCUCUCACCUGAUAUCUGGAUGUAUAUUCUGCUGGCUUGCUUGGGUGUCAGUUGCGUGCUGUUUGUCAUAGCCAGGUUUAGCCCCUACGAGUGGUACAACCCGCACCCGUGCAACCCCGAUUCGGAUGUGGUGGAAAACAAUUUUACGCUGCUCAAUAGUUUCUGGUUUGGAGUUGGGGCUCUCAUGCAGCAAGGCUCCGAGCUCAUGCCCAAGGCAUUGUCGACGCGAAUCGUGGGAGGCAUCUGGUGGUUCUUCACCCUCAUCAUCAUUUCCUCCUACACGGCCAACCUGGCCGCCUUCCUCACCGUGGAGAGGAUGGAGUCGCCCAUCGACUCCGCCGACGACCUCGCCAAGCAAACCAAGAUCCUCUACGGCGUUGUGGAAGAUGGCGCCACCAUGACAUUUUUCAAGAAGACAAAGAUCUCCACCUACGAUAAAAUGUGGGAGUUCAUGAACAGCAGGAGGCAGUCGGUGAUGGUGAAAAACGUGGAGGAGGGCAUCCUGCGCGCCCUCACCUCCGAGUACGCCUUCCUCAUGGAGUCCACCACCAUCGAGUUUGUCACCCAGCGUAACUGCAACCUCACGCAGAUCGGCGGCCUCAUCGACUCCAAAGCUUACGGUGUGGGGACGCCCAUGGGCUCUCCGUACAGGGACAAGAUCACCAUUGCUAUUCUGCAGCUGCAGGAAGAGGGCAAGCUGCACAUGAUGAAAGAGAAAUGGUGGCGAGGGAACGGCUGCCCCGAGGAAGAGAGCAAAGAGGCCAGCGCCUUAGGGGUGCAGAACAUCGGCGGGAUCUUCAUCGUGCUAGCCGCCGGGCUGGUGCUGUCGGUUUUUGUGGCCGUGGGGGAGGUCCUGUACAAGUCCAAGCAGAACGCCCAGCUGGAGAAGAGAUCCUUCUGCAGCGCCAUGAUGGACGAGCUGCGAGUGUCUCUCAAGUGCCAGCGUCGUCUCAAGCAGAAGCCGCAGCCGCCCGUCAUCGUGAAGACGGAGGAAGUCAUCAACAUGCACACCUUCAACGACAGGAGACUCCCCGGAAAGGAAACCAUGGCGUGAAAAGACAACAACAAAACUGGAGCUGGGUGACAUCAUGGCUGACCUCAUUGGCGGUCUUUUAAUUUUUUUGGAGGGGACCCCAUUGAUUUGUUAUGUAGAGAGAUGUUUCCUGUGGAAAUCAAGCUAGCUGAGUGGGAAGUGUCACCUCACUGCGAUGGUCACUUUGUGAAGGCAGCUGGACCGGACCGGACGUGAAAAGGACUGUAUAUGCUCAAAGUGGACUCACACACACACACUCAGUCACUCUCUUACACAUUAUCUCACACAAACACACACACACACACAGUGACACAGGAUGUAGUUUUUUUGUUGACGUCCAACCUCUGUGUGAGCCCCAUAUGCCCCUUCCCCGUUAGUUUCUUUAGGAUUAUUUGGAGAAUAAAAAAAAUAUCAUAUCAAGAAGAUGAUGAGUAGACAUCACCAAACACUUUUACUAUGAACUGGUGUGUAUAUUUCGGAUUCAUCUUUGCUGACUCAUCGUACCGUCUUUUUCCUCGUGCCAAAGCUUUUGGUUCAAAAGCCUCAAUGUAAUUCGCUUCUAACGUCUAAGCUGUUGUUUUAACGCAGGAUUUCUACCAAAAAAAAAGAAAAUAAUAAUAAUGUUUGUUUUU